AGAGAGCACAUGAGAGGGGGGAGGGUCAGAGGCAGAAGCAGGCUCCCCGCCGAGCAGGGAGCCCGAUGCGGGACUCGAUCACGGGACUCCAGGAUCAUGACCUGAGCCGAAGGCAGUCGCUUAACCGACUGAGCCACCCAGGCGCCCAAGAGUAUCUAUUUCCUAGGGAGGAUGUGGAGAUGGAGUUAAUUACUCAGAGCCAUGCCUGCACACAGGCAGCCCUCAAUUAUAUGAGCAGCAUCAUUGGGCUGUGAGCUCAACUCAGUGUCCCGGGCAUGUGUCUGUCGUUGGCAUCUUGCAGGAAUCUGGGGCAGGAAGUGCCCCUGGAAGCAUCGACGGUUAUCUGGGGCAGCAUGGGAGCAGGCCUGCGAGGGCGGCCUCUCUUUCCUUCUCUGUGCAAUGGGAAUAACUACAGCACCCCACACACGGGCGGUUGGUCCGCGGGCGAGCCGGGCGCUGGAGGGCGUGUUUGCGUGCGCGGCUGCUAUUACCUUUCCUUUGUCGAUGAAGUGCAGCAGAUAGUGGGGCCCACCCCCGUCGUCUCUGUUGCUGGAGGAUGACACGAGCUGUUAACCCCAAGCCUGCGUAGGAGCCAGGGACAGUCGCCUGGAGCCCACGGAUGGAGGAGGAGGGCGACCGACACGCGCUCGGCGGCGGGAUGGAGGCCGACGAGCCCGCCAGCCCCCGGGAGCCGCCGUCGCCCCCCCCGCCGCCGUCGCCGCCGUCCCCCGCGGCCCCCGAUACCCCCGGGCCCCCCCAGCCCGAGCAGCCGUCGGAGGCCUACGCGCGGCAGCUGCUGCUGGAGGAGUGGAGGCCCCCCGGCGGGACCCUCGAGCUGCCCCCGCGCCUCACCUGGAAGCUGCUCUUCCUGCGGCGGCCGCUCUACCGCAACCUGCUCCGCUCGCCCAACCCCGAAGGCAUCAACAUUUAUGAGCCAGCACCCCCUACUGGUCCCACCCAGCAGCCCCUGGAGACCCUGGGCAACUUCCGCGGGUGGUACAUUAGGACUGAGAAGCUCCAGAAUGACCGCAGCUGGACGGUGAAGCAGCAGUGCGUGGAUCUUCUGGCCGAGGGCCUGUGGGAGGAGCUCCUUGAUGAUGAGCAGCCAGACAUCACGAUCAUGGACUGGUACGAGGACAGCCGGCUGGACGCAUGUGUCUACGAGCUGCACGUCUGGCUGCUGGCGGCUGACCGACACACGGUCAUCGCGCAACACCACGUGGCCCCCCACACCUCUGGGCGGGGCCCCCCCGGCUGCUGGCUGCAGGUGUCCCACGUCUUCCGCCAGUAUGGCCCCGGCGUGCGCUUCGUCCACUUCCUGCACAAGACCAAGAACCGGAGGGAGCCCGGCGGGCUGCGGCGGACAAGGGUGACCAAUUCCUCCGUGUCUGUGCAGUUCAGGGAGUGACUGGCUCUUCAACUUCUCCCCGAGCUAGUGCUCGACAGACACUCCUCCCAUUUCCCCUCCCCCUCCAACCCCAAAUUCUCACCCCGCCUAGAGCUGUCCCCAUACCUCUCCUCCCUACAAUACCCUCAUUUCUCCUCCCUCAUUCCUCCAGAGUCCCCAAAGCCAUCAGGGUACCCAUCAAGGGCCAUCAUCACUGAGGAUGGUGACGGGACAGAUGGCAAAUUUGAGCUAAAAGUUUUUUCGUGUGUUGGGGAAAGAAAGAUUGAAAGUCUUUAAUAACCCGUAAGUUCCGGGCCAGAUCAAGCAAGAGACCCUGGUCUUAGCCUGGGGCAGGGUCCUAGAAGGCCUCUUGCUGUUCCAGGCCUGACUCCUCAGGGAGGCUGGAGGUCCCUGGCAGGCCAGAACAGCUGGCAUUGGGGGGCAUUCGUGGGGAAGGGCUAUCUACCAAAAAGUGCGGGAAGCAUUUUAAUGUUUAAACAAUCAGCCAGUGGUAUUACUGCAUGUCACAAACGUGUCCUGUGGAUGUGUGUCUUUUUGUGCCCACCUAAAUCCAUGGCCAAAUCUCUGAGUACGGCCCCACCUCCAGCAUUGUCCCAGGUAUGGGCUGAUGCAGGCCGGACCAACCUGC